AUGUCUUUCAGUGGGUUGGGUAUUGUUUUAAGCAUUGUCUUUGGGUGCCUUUUGUUGGCUCUAGUUGCUGAGUUUGGCUAUUUGAUAUGGUGGAAGAAAAGAACAUGCACAGAAACUGAAUCAGAUAAAAAAAAUGAUGUAAAUGGAAUGCUUUAUGGAGUGUGUUGUUGGAAGACACCAUCUGCCACAAAUGUAGUGAGUGCGAGCAGUAAUAUAGAAAACAAAAGCAAUGAAUCAGAUAUAGAGUUAGGUAGUGGGAAGGAUGUGUUGUUGAAGACUUGUGGAGAAGAAAGUGUAGAUACAGAGUUGAUGAGGCUGCACAAUCUGGCUGGCCCACCAAGAUUUCUGUUCACCAUCAAAGAGGAAACUAAAGAAGAUUUGGAAUUUGAAGAUGGAAAGUCUAGGGGUGAUAGGAGUAGAAAAGGGUCAAGAUCAAGGAGCUUGAGUGAUCUUAUGGUGGCAAUUGAUAGUACCCCUUUUCUUAACCCAAUGGCUUGCUCACCAUUGAAGUGUUCUUUGGUUAAUCUUGAUUCUUAUGAGCACCAAGGGUUCAAUCCUCUCUUUGAAUCAACAGUCGAGUCAGAGUUCAGCAGAUCUAGAUCUUCACCGCCACCCAAAUUCAAGUUCUUAAGGGAUGCAGAGGAAAAGUUGUACAGAAGAUUGAUUGAAGAGGCUCAUAGAAAGGCACAGAUGAGUUAUGGGUAUGUAACAGAAGAGGCUGAGGUUAAAGAUCCCCCUAAUUCAACAAUGGUUAUUCACAACAAAGAGAGUUUCCUUCAAGUUCAUCUCAGGUUCUUCCAUUGGCAUCUUCUCCUACAAUAUUCAGACCAGUUGUCGAGGAGGCAUCCGUAA